CGUCAGCAUUUCGAUUCAAUUUCCGGAUCAUACGGUUUCAAAACAAGUGGUGAGCACGUUACCGUUUGUUUUCCUUCCGCUCUUCCUUGUUUUCAAAAUUUUUUAAGUAUAAAUACAAAAGGAAAUCCAAUAAAAAAAUAUACUUAAGAUGGGUGUAAUGCAGUUCUUGCCGCGUUCCCUGUUGGCGCAAGGAAAGCUGGCAACAAUGACGUUAACGCGCAUGUACGACACAGAGAAGAAACUUGGUCUUCGUCGGCGCCGUCUGGAGCUGAAGAAGAAUCUCGACUCUGUGCCCUGCUACAUGGCGUUGCGUCGCUCGGAGAAUCGCUGCAACCAGCCCCGCCUCAAGUCAAUGAUCGAUGAAUGCAUGGACGACCCCUGCGGCAUGGCACCCUUGCCGCUGGACCUGGAGCACUACACGCCCAGCGACAAGGCAAUUCGGAAAUACCAACGCACCUGGUGCGAGUCCUAUCUCCUGCCGAAGAAGUUCGUCACUGUCAAGAAAUGCUAUCCAAAUAGGCCGCGGCGGAACCUGCGUGCGAAUGAUGUGGUGAAAGAUUGCGUCCAUGGAUCCAAGAAUCUUUACGCCGUGGGUCGCAAAAAACUCGAUAAGCUUGUCGAUCUGCCACGAAUGGGGGAGUUGCCGUGCUGCAAGCUGACUGCUCCCGGCUGCAAACGUGGCCGGUUCCAGCCCACCUGUAAGGUAUUUCCUCCACCUUCCUGCUGCAAGAAGCGGCGCACUCAGUAUCCCAGCUUCUCCGAAUGCAAGCCUGUGGGUCUGCUCGACCCCAUACCUCCUUGCGAGUGCGAAAGGAAGCCCAGCCAGUGUGACAUAUAUGCCACCUGGCGGCGCUUCCACAGGAAAUGAUCUGCAACCACUCUAGCCAGCGUUAAGGAUCCAUUCAACUUAAGGACGAGCGUGAAGGAGACCGCGUGAGCGAUGCCUCCGAGAAGUGCUCGACUUGCACGAUUUAAUUCGAUUGAUAUUACCUUUUUAAUUUUUAUAGAAUACCGUAAACAUUAUUUUAUUAUGAAUAAUUAAAGAUACACCCAGAAGUCUGAACCAAUGUAAAUAUA